UCUAAUUUUUAUUAGAUUAGAUUACAGAUACCACCACAUUAGAUACAAUGAUUCAUUAUUUGCUCUUGUUUAACAUUAAGUGCAAUCAUUAAUCUUUUAAAAGAAUACUUGCAGUUAACUUUGUAUGUUUUUACUUAAUAUUUUUUGUAAUGUUAAGAUGAAUGUAUCUUCUUGUUUUUAAUUUAUCACUCUGCACCAAUUUUUGGAUUACUGCACUGUUUGUCGUUAUGAGGAUUUUAUCGGGUUGCCUAGCUCGAUGAAAGGACUGGUGUUUACUUCAAGAAAUAUGAGCACAUCGAUAGAUAUGUCUGACGAGGACGAAUCGAGAAGAUCCAGCAAAGCAGAAAAUGUGAAAAUUAAUAGAAGCCAGUUGAAAGGAGUAGGAGAGAAAGUAGAUGAAUUUGAUAUUAACUGUAUGAAGGAUGCUCUGCUCGCUAGCCGAAGGUCAAAGCCCAAACUUGUGUCUGCUCAGGCUGUGCUCUCAUCCAGACUAGAACCAGAGACCAUUCAAGAGGAACUGUUUGUGACUCCAUCAAAAAUUCCAGAGGACUGGGAACCUAACAGUGUGAUGAACUACUCUAAACCUAACAAUGGACAAAAAGAAGAUAAUGGUAGAAAAGAUUUAAAUACAAAACAUAUCGCUGAUGAGGGAGGCUUAUGUUCUGGUGAAGUGUCUAGAAUGAAUUUGUGGAGAGUGGGACAGAGGGAAAGAUGGAGAGGGAAGAGGAGAGAGAGGCUGGAAGCAAGAGUAGAGAGCAUAGAGGAGGAGGACAUCUCUACUGAGAAAGAAAUGAACCGAGGAAAUAGAUUGAGACACACACAAAGGCUGUGGGGAUCUAAGGAGGUGCAAGAUGAAGUGUCAAAAAAGGAUGUGACAGAGCUGAGCGGAGCAGCGCAAGGAAAUAUUGAUGGAGACGCAGAGAUGAGAGGAGCGGUUCCCCAUCACAUAUUUUCAAAGGUUUUUGCUAACUCUUUUGCCUCCUCAUCCUCCUCCUCCUCAUCAUCCUUCAACUAUUCAUCAGCGGAAAGUGACGAGGUCUUCAGUGAGGGAGAGGAGAUGGCCAAGAGGAAGGAUGUGAAAAGGUGUCGAUCUUGGAGGACAUUCCUGACCAUGAUGCAGUGGUCAAGGCGCAGACAGAGCUCCUGGAUACAGCUGGCUGGACACCAAGGUAACAUCCAGCUGGGUGAAGGUGGAGAGGUGCUGAAGAGAUUCAACGAGGUGGAGGAUACCUGCCUGCAGGCACUUAUGUCUGAUACACUCCAUCAAUUUGUGCCUCGCUAUUACGGGCACAUCAGCAGGAAUGGAGAGAACUACAUCCGUCUCGAGGACCUGCUGAGUGGCCUCAAGCAGCCUAUCAUCAUGGACUGCAAAAUGGGCAUCCGCACCUACCAGGAGGGGGAGAUUGUGAAAGCAAGAACCAAAGCUACUAUUCGAACCGAUAUGUACCAAAAGAUGGUGAAAGUAGAUCCUACAGCUCCUACAGAAGAGGAAAAUGCUCAAAGAGGUGUGACAAAGCUGCGCUACAUGCAGUGGAGAGACAACACAAGUAGUACCUCAACACUAGGAUUCCGCAUAGAAGGCAUAAUGACAGAGAAUGGGAUUGUACGACGUGAUUUUAAUAAAACUCGGAGCAAAGAACAAGUUACAGAGGCCCUGCUACUAUUUACCAAGAGACAAGCACACAUUCUAGAAGCCUAUCUAUCCAGACUGGGUGCGCUAAAAGAAACAUUAAAGGAGUCUGCCUUUUUCAAAAGUCAUGAGGUAAUAGGUGGCUCUCUCCUUUUCGUCCAUGAUUGUCUUACUAACAAAGCCAAUAUAUGGAUGAUUGAUUUUGGAAAGACCACUCCAGUGCCCGACAAUAUGCAUUUAAAGCAUGAUGUUCCAUGGGUUGAGGGAAACCGAGAAGAUGGCUACCUACUUGGAUUGGUAUCCCUCAUUUCUUUGUUCCAUGUUGCAAUCAUGGAAGUUAGAGGACAGGACAUAGAGACUCACCAUUCACAGACAGAGCACAUAAUUAACCAACACCCAGUUGGAAAUAAUUGAAGUAACAACAGACUUUUCAAAAGGAACUAUAGCUAGUUAAUAUGGACUAUUCAUGGAGAGUCACUACAAAUCCUGUAUAUGCGUAUAUACAAUAUAUUGCAUAUUUAUUGCAUUUGCUGUAUAUACUGUAGAUAUGUUAUUGCCACACACCAAACAAAAUGUUAAAUUAUAGCAAUUAAAUUAUAAAAAAACUUUUUUGUAGAACUUCUUAAUUGAUCUGAAAAUAAAUACU